GACAAGACAGGCAGGCACUGAGGAGAAAGGAGAAGAAGGGAAAAGAAAAGGCAAUGCCAUAAAAUGCCCUUCCAGUGCCAUGUCACAUGCCAGGCAAUCCAGUUUUAAUUGCUGGGGAACUUUGUCCCUCCCUUGCCUGAGGAUUGGAGCAGCACAACAAGUGCAGUAUAACUCAGAGAGUCUGUUGCAUCCUCCUGUGCUGGCCUGACUGGUGCAAGAGAACUGCGAUUGCCUCACGCCGCACUCCUUCAUUUGAAGCCGGCCUCCUCCUGUGUUUCUGUUUCUGCUGUCGCUGGAGUGCCUUUUUGCACGAGUUGUUUAACCACACAAGGACUUUGCGGCAGCCCCAGGGCGACCAGGGAGCCGGCUGGGCUGGGGACUGACUCCCCGAUGCUUGUCCUUGCCCGGGCGCCUCUCCCCGAGGGACAUGCAGUGUUUCAGAAGGCAGCCCAAACUCAGCAAGUCCCAGGAAAACCUCUUGCUGGAAGAGAGCAGGAAGGUGGCAGCUCUGAAUGGGAAAAGACUGGGUCUGCAAGAUGAUAAGGACCUCAAGUUUCUCCUGCGUGGAGGCCACCUGCUGAAGGUCAAGUCCAACUCCUGGAGGAGAGAGAGGUUCUACAAACUCCAGGAAGACUGCAAGACCAUCUGGCAGGAGUCCAAGAAGAUGCUGAGGUCUCCUGAAUCACAGCUCUUUUCCAUCGAGGAUAUCCAAGACGUCAGGGCAGGCCACAGGACGGAAGGGAUGGAAAGAUACUGCAAGGAUGUACCCGAGCAUCGCUGCUUUUCCAUCAUCUUCAAAGACCACAGGAAGAAUCUGGACCUCAUAGCUGGCUCUGAAGCUGAUGCCAAUCACUGGGUGGCAGGCCUGGCCAAGAUCAUCACAAAGAGCAACUCCAUGAGCCAGCGGCAGAAAUUACAACACUGGAUACACGCCUGCUUGCGGAAGGCAGAUAAGAACAAAGACAACAAGAUGAGCUUUAAAGAGCUCAAGAACUUUAUGAAAGAAGUCAACAUACAAGUUGAUGACAACUAUGCCCGGAAUAUCUUUGAGCAAUGCGACAAAUCCCAGACGGAUACUUUGGAAGACGACGAGAUCGAGGAAUUCUAUAGGAUACUGACCGAACGGAGCGAGAUCGACGAGAUCUUCUCUGAGCACUCCAAUGGCCAAGCGAUGAUGUCACUGGAGGAUCUGGUGAGGUUCCUUCGAGAAGAACAGCGCGAGGAGGAUGCAGGGCCUGAACUGGCCCUCUCUCUGAUAGAGAGAUACGAACCCAACGGAAGCGUCAAGGGACAAAACGUCAUGACCAAAGAUGGCUUCCAGAUGUAUUUGCUGUCUUCCCACGGAAAUGUAUUCAAUCAAGCUCACAUCCCUGUGUACCAGGACAUGACCCAGCCGCUGAGCCACUAUUACAUAUCGUCUUCACACAACACCUACCUCAUGGAGGACCAGCUGAGAGGACCCAGCAGCACCGAGGCUUACAUCAGAGCCCUGACCAAAGGCUGCCGGUGUGUAGAGCUGGAUUGCUGGGACGGGCCGAAUUCGGAGCCCGUCAUUUACCACGGCUACACGCUCACCUCCAAAAUCCUCUUCUGCGAUGCCAUCAAAGCCAUCAAGAACUACGCUUUCAAAACCUCUCCUUAUCCUGUCAUCAUAUCCCUGGAGAACCACUGUAGUCUUGAGCAGCAGAAAACGAUAGCAUACCACAUGCACAACAUCUUGGAAGACAUGCUGCUGGUGGUGCCAGUCGACUCAGAUGCGUCCGAGCUCCCUUCGCCGGAGCAAUUAAAGGGGAAAAUUCUCGUGAAAGGGAAGAAGCUGAGCCCAGAGACGGAAGAAGUCUCUGAUGAGGAUGAAGCAGCUGAAAUGGAAGACGAAACUGUGAAGAUCGAGGUGGAGACGAAAAGGACGAGUGAAAAACUGAAGCUUGCCCAGGAGCUAUCUGACACGGUGGUCUACUGCAAAAGCGUCCACUUCCAAGGUUUCAGUAAUGCCGAUUACAAUGAAAUGUCAUCCUUUAGUGAAAGCAAAGCUUUGAAGCUGGCCCAGGAAUCUGGGACCGACUUCAUCCAUCACAACAUCAGGCAUCUGAGCAGAAUCUACCCUGCGGGAUGGAGGACGGAUUCGUCUAACUACAACCCUGUUGACAUGUGGAAUGUGGGGUGCCAGAUUGUUGCCUUGAAUUUUCAGUCCAAGGGAACCGAUAUGGAUGUCUACCAAGGCCGAUUCCAGGAAAACGGCUUUUGUGGGUACGUCCUAAAGCCGGAAUUUCUGCGGGACGAGCAGUCCAGGUUCAACCCCAAGGCCAUCUCCGAAGGGCCGUGGUGCACCCGGAAGAAACUCCAGGUGAAGGUCAUCACAGGCCAGCAACUGCCCAAGGUGAACAAGAGCCAAAACUCUAUUGUGGACCCCAGGGUGAUAAUCGAGAUCCACGGCAUCCAGAGGGACAAUGAGAAGAAGCAAACCACCGUCAUUGACAACAACGGCUUUAACCCCAGAUGGGAUGAAGUGUUUGAGUUUGACAUCGACGUCCCGCAGCUCGCUCUGGUUCGUUUCAUGGUGGAAGACUUUGACGCGUCGACCAAAAAUGACUUUAUCGGGCAAUUCACAACUCCCUUCACAAGUCUGAAGCAAGGCUAUCGCCACAUUCAUCUCUUGACAAAGAAUGGAGACCAGUACCCUUCUGCCACGCUCUUUGUGCACAUCAAUAUUACGGAUGCUUAGUAAAAGGACAAUUUUCUCAGACCGCUCAAGGGGGAGGUCCCUGCUAUCCCUUUCCAAAUGAACCUGCCUACCAAGCUGGGAAGAGAGAGACCUCAAACACUACCCUGGUUUUUUUGCCGAUGUGGAAUCUCCACAACAUCCCCGGAGAGCAGGAAGUGGACAGAUGAGUCGAGCCAACCACCGCAGAGGUCGUUGUGCCAGCCGCCUUGCUGCGUUUAGAAAGCAUCGUGGAGAAGUGCUGUUCCAAGUGCCUAUAAAAUGCCAUGUUCUGUUGUGGUUGGGAAGCUGGGCUAUCCUCCUUACCAUGGGUAGGAAAACUAAGGGCCGGGGGACGGAUCCAGCCCAAUCCCCUUCUAAAUCCGGCCCGCGGACAGUUCGGGAAUCAGCGUGUUUCUACAUGAGUAGAAUGUGUCCUUUUAUUUAAAAUGCAUCUCUGGGUUAUUUGUGGGGCAUAGGAAUUCGUUCAUUAUUAUUUUUUAAUAUAGUCCGGCCCCCCACAAGGUCUGAAGGACAGUGGACCGGCCCCCUGCUGAAAAAGUUUGCUGACCCUUGCUCCUUAUCCCACCUGCCGUUUCUGGGGGAAAGGAGAAGAAGCACCAGCUUUGCAAUCAUAGAGAGAAGCACAGGGACAGCCGCGGGAGAUUGUUACUUCAGUCCCUUAAGGCUGGGAGGUCCACACACUGGCCACUGCCCCCCCCUUUGUUGUCUCUGAAGACCUCAUCUGGACUGUAGCACUAGCUUCAGGCAUCUUCUGAGUCAGAUCCGAGAUGUGGCUUCCCCACUUCUGUGUCCUUUCCGCUUGUUUCCAUGCCUCUGUUUCCUCCCUUAUGACCGAUGGUUCCUGACUGCCUUGCGCACUCGGGCAGCAAAGCGCCAGUUCUUCCUGACGUCACCUUUCAGGGUUUUCACUUUUUAAAGUUUCCAGUCCUUACGAUAUGUAAGGUAAGCUGAAAAGCGUAAAGGCGGUUUGCGAUGCAAUUUUGAAAGCUAAGGAAAGUUCUUGAACGACGUGUCCAUACGUACACACAGUUUUAAGAAAGCGCGCAUUCCGCUGCUGGGUGCUGCAAACUGUGUGUAAAUCAUUCAAAUUAAGCUGACUUGUGCAAUGUUUAAUGCUGCGUCUAGCAGCAGCCAAAACCCCUCCUUUGCAACUUCUCCGACUUCUGAAAUUGAACUGGGCAUCGCUCACCUUCUUUCAAGUUGUAAGGACUGGUAAGUUACCCAUUGACUGAAACAAGAGAUUCUCAAGAAGCUGCUUUCUGGGUCAGUGUUAUGGUCUGUGUUUCUGAUGCAGUACAGUAGACUAGCAAUGUACUCCCAGCCGGAUUUCAUAACUCUAAAAAUGUGAUUUUUUAAAUAUACUGUAUUUUUUUAGACAUUAAGACGUAAGCACUGUCCUCGGACUUUCCCAAAACAGUGUCAGGGUAGGCAUUGGGCUUUUUCAGUUUUAGAAGCUGAGGCAAGUGUGUCAAUCAUCACGUUGUGAAUUUGCUAGAUGCUACUUUUUCUUUUCUUUUUUGUAAAUUUUGUAAUUUUGUUCGAUCUUUUUAGAAUUAAUUACUGUAUUACAUUAUUUUUAGGCGAAAGCAACCAGUCACACCCUCACUUUUCUUAGUAGCUUGGGAACUGUUCUGAAUUUGAAGGGGGUGAGGAUAUAGACUGGGGUUUAAUCAGUCUCAUAGGCCAUUAUCGAAAAACGAUUGUUGCCUGUGGAAAUUUAUCCCAACAUUAGCAAAUUCAGCUGCUUGAAAGAAACUGACUGAUACAAAAUAUGAUCAUUCUGUUGUUUCAAAUAUUAGGUUUUCCCCCAGCUGGUUCUGAAUUACUACUGCUUUUGAACAUGAUGCAAUUGUAUCAAAGAUUUUCCGUGAAUUGGUGAGGACUAGAAACUUUUGGAGAGUUUACAAAACCUCGCAUCAAAAAGCUUUGAAUCGGAGUCCUUUUGUGCCACCAUUGUGCCUCUUUUACAUUACAUGUGAGAUAUACUACAGAAUUCAUGCCCUCAAUCCACCUAAAGCCAGAUUCUGUUGAUUUCAGUGGGAAAGACUUGAAUAUGUACCUAAUUCUCCCAGUGAUAUCUACGAGUUUUAAAUGGCUCUGGAUCUUUGCUGCAUGUUACACUGUGUUCUAUAGCAAAUUGUGAAAAUGCUAUCCUACUGACAAUGUCGUACCAAAUCCUCUUAUUUUAUAUGUGGUCCCAGCCUCUAAGACUCACUUCAGAUUGAAAAGAGAGGAGAACCUUUGCUUUUCACUGAGCAGAAUCCUUUUAAACAACCUGUGGAGGCUGAAGGCUCAUUUACACGCAAUCUUAUCUCAUGAGAACAGGCCCAAAGCUUGCUUCAGACUUAGGUGCCUAUACUGUGGCGCGUUGCCAAGUGCCAAAGGCCCCUGAUUUCAUUUCUAGACAUAAGAAUUGGUCAACAGCACUGGCCAGUUUGCAGUCCCACAUCAAAGCAGAUGUGCCUGAAAGUGAUCCGAGAGAAUCUGUGAUCUCAACUUGAAUUCCUCGAUUUGCAGGGAGUUGCUCCCUCAGGGUAGCAUCAUCUGUGAUCAAGUUGACAGGAUCGAGGCGUUCAUUUGUCAGUCAACCAUUUUCACUACCUCUCAGUGUGAAUUUCGAGACUUGGCCGGCCUCCUCACAAAAUGGCCGCCACCUCCAAUCCUCUCAUCCGCAAAAUGGAGUCUGCAUUGUUCUAGAGCAGGGCCUCAUUGGAGACACACACCAACUCAUCCUGUGUCAUGGAAAUCCAUGUGUCUCUAACCCAACAUAACCUCUUGGUUUGGGUUAGGCUUUGCCAUUAAACGGGAAGGUGGUUUCUAAAAGCCGUUACGUUUUCUGUCUCUUACGGCGAACGUUAUCUUGUUUCUCAAGGCACUAUGUUGAACGGUGUUGCCUCUUACCCCCAAACACUUCCACCUGGGGUUUUGCAAUAGAAAAGUCACACCUUGCCUUAUUGUGGUAACUGUAAGGUCCUGGUCUAGCACUUUUUUAAAAAAAGGAUUGGGACCUUAUAACUGCCCCAGCCUUAUUCUGUUUGUGUAGAAAACAAUCAUGGGGUGGUAACUUGAAGAAAAGAAAAAAGGACGAUGGUUGAGAUGCAACUGUAGCUGACUUUUAACAGAUAUGCCAUAAGUGGAGCCCUGGCAGAGUCAUAAUGCAAUAGCUGAAUCCAAUGGGGAGCCUGGGCUGGUGUAAGACAUAGAAUCAUAGAGUUGGAAGGGGACCAAUUGGUCAUCUAGUCCAACCCCCUGCCAGCCUAUCAUUUGCAGUCUUGUACUGUUGUGUUCCUGUUGUUUACACAACAAAAAUAGUUUGCCCAACACCACCAACGCUCCCACUUCUUGCCCUGACAUGACAGUGGAUCUUCCCUAAAUGGGUUAUAUCCCAUGUCAGUCAUACUGUUGAGUAGACCCAUUGGAACUGGCGAGCGCAGCUAAUGAAAGUCCCUUUAUUUCAGCGGAUCUGCUUUUUAGUACGGCUUAGCGAGAUAUAACCCAAUCAUUCUGCAAACAAAACUUUUAUAUUGUGUUUUUU